AUGGCCCUACACAAGGGCAUGAGGCUUUCAGCCUUUGCAUACCUUCUCUUCCUCCUCGCAUGCAUUAUCACACAAGUUGUUGCACAAGGUUGCAGUGCCUCUAAUCCCUGCGCAACCGGAUGCUGCUCCAAAUACGGCUAUUGUGGAACGGGGGAAGAUCAUUGUGGAGCGGACUGUGUCGCAAACUGUGACUACGAGUCGACAGCAGAAUGCAGUGCCACUAAGCCUUGUGCAGAGGGUUGCUGCUCCAAGUUUGGAAUCUGCGGAUACGGCCCUGACUACUGCAGCAAGGAAAACUGUGUUUCGAAUUGCGGGCAACCGUCCGAAUGCGACCCCGGAGACUGGGGACCGGAGUUUUCCAACUCAACUACCUGCCCAUUGAACGUCUGCUGCAGCAAGUACGGCUUCUGUGGAACAGCCGAAGAGUUCUGCGGCAACAAGAAGGUCAAGCGGCCGUCCUGCGGAACAAAAGGAAAACUUCAGCGUGUUGUUGGUUAUUAUGAGGGUUGGGCAAAGACGCGGUCUUGCAACGCCUUUUUGCCAGAGCAGAUCCCCACCGGGAUCUAUACCCACCUCAAUCACGCCUUCGCAACAAUUGAUCCUGAUACAUUCGAAGUCCUUCCACCCACAUCGUCCGAAGCUAAUUUGAUGCAGAGAUUGACGUUGUUAAAACGUUACGAUCCCGGGCUGCGUGUGAACAUAGCAAUCGGCGGAUGGAGCCUCAACGACCCAGGCGCAACGGCCUCGAUUUUCACGCAGCUUGCCGCUUCUGAAGAUAAUCAAAGAAAAUUCUUCAGGUCUCUCACUUCUUUCCUAGCCACCUAUGACUUCGAUGGUGUGGAUAUUGCUUGGGAGUAUCCUGUCGAUGGCGAUCGCGGUGGUCGGGAUGAAGACUUCAAGAACUUCCCCAAAUUCAUGGCUAAUUUGAAAGAUGCGUUGAGCGGAACCGGCGGCCGCGAUGGACUGAGCUUGACUCUUCCUACCUCCUACUGGUAUUUACGGCACUUCGAUAUCAAGUCUCUGGCAAAAAACGUCGACUAUUUCAACUAUAUGUCAUAUGAUCUCCAUGGCACCUGGGACCAAGGAAACAAAUGGACGGGUGAAUACCUGGACGCGCAUACCAACCUGACCGAAAUUACCGACAGCUUGGACCUGCUAUGGCGGAACAAUAUCUCCCCAGAUAAAGUCGUUCUGGGAAUCGCCUUCUACUCUCGAGCAUUUACGGUUGCGGACACGGGUUGCACGACCCCAGGAUGUCUUUUUGGAUCCGGUUUCACCCCAGGGCCCUGUAGCAGACAGACUGGAAUCUUGAUGAACAGCGAAAUUGACGACAUCAGGGCCAGAAAAAGCCUUACGCCAUCUCUGGAUAAAGAUGCCGCUGGCCAGAUCCUCACGUGGGAUAACCAAUGGGCUUCAUACGACGAUGAAACGACCUUCAAGAUGCGCAUUGACUUCGCGAAGAAAACCUGCCUCGGAGGUGUCAUGGUGUGGGCUGUCAGUCACGACACCCGGGACGCGGCUUACUCCAGGGCCCUCGCAGGUGCCGCCCCCUUGACAAAACCCAUUGCAAAUCGACGGGUACCACCCGCCGCGGCGACCAUCCUUCAAGACGAAAGGUCCAGGCAAUGCAAGUGGACCGCAUGCGGCCAGACCUGCACGGGAGACUAUGUUGCCAUCUCACGUUUGGAUCCCAAAUUCAGAAAGGGAGAGUUGAUGCUGGACUCGAUCGGCUGUCCUAAGGGAUUGACUCAUACUUUGUGCUGUCCCAAGGACGAUAUUCCUAAGUGUGGGUGGUAUACUCAUAAUAACCGCAAUUGCAACUCCGAAUGUCCAGCGGGCUACUUUGACAUUGGUUCCCUUUCCUCAAACGGAUUGUGCCAUAACACAGACUAUGAGGCGGCCUGCUGUGAAGCCAACAAGGACUCCACUACGCUAUACAAUACAUUACAGUGGUCCACGGCCCCAUGGUGCGAUAGUGGAGAGUGUCCGGUGCUGGAUGACAAUAAGUCUAAUACAUUGGCACUCGCAACCUCUGGAAGCGGAGAUGCACACCAGGACAAAAUGUCGUGGGAUGAUUGUGACUGGUACCGUUCGGUAGACAGUCCACCGAAAGGGAAGUCCCAAGAUUACUGUGUCAAUUCCUGUCCAUCCGAUAUGGUGCGACUCGCGACAGACAAGUACGACCCUACCUGCGCGGGUGGCGAUCGCGCCUUUUGUUGCUCCGACAAUUACUUCAUCACCAGGGCCCGACCUUAUCCAAAUGUCAUGAGAAUCCGGGAGGCCUUGGACAGUUACCUGACAAAUGGAACGUGCCCUAUGGGCAGCAGUGCUGGGCUGAGUCGCAGAGACAGUACCUCCCCGGGGCUCAUGCAGAGGGACACGGACAAAUACGAACAGUUCCAAUAUUUGAUUCCCAUCCUUUAUACCCUAAGGCCGUACGUGGAGAACUCUACUCUAUGGUCUGAUAUGGGGGGAACGUAUGUUGUAGAAAAUAUUUUAUGCCGCCCCGAAGCCUGGAGUGACUUGGCACAGCAAAAGUCCGUCCCAAUGUGUCAAGGGGAUCCUUGUGAUGAGGACGCAGACCCUGAUUUAUGCCGGACUGCUGAGCUAGACGGCGAGACUGAAGAUGAUGAUGAUGACGACGACGACGACGAUGAUGGAGGGUUCUCUCCAUUUGGAACCCGCAGAUCUCUUGUGAAACGUUCAGAUCCCAAGGCAUUCCGGGUCUGGUGUGCCGGUGACGGGAACUUUGUGGACGGCUUGCAAAUUCGCCCUGCCGCCUAUCCCAGUGCCGGAAAAUGGAAGCCCGGCGAAUUCCAAUAUGAAGGGGCACGAACAUACCAGAGCCGGCAAGACUGCGCGAACCCCUUGAUCGACCCAAUGCAGAAGCAGGGAAACAAUUAUGACACUGAGCACGUGCUGGAGCUUCAGAUGAUCCCAAUGGGGGGGGGGGGGGAGAAUUUCUUAAAAUCGAAGAAGAUGCCUAACGAGCAGAUCUACAUUGGUGACCCGUUCAGAGGGGAGCGUAACAAAGCCCCAGAGGUUCGAAUUAUGGCUGCACUUGGUUCGACGCGAAACCGAGAAAAUUUCUACUUGCUUGAAAAAGCCGUCAAUGGCAUGAAGGCACGGGUAUCUCGAAAUGUUGAGCUGGUUGACUCAACCAAAUGGAAACGCUUCGUGGGAGACACUUCUAAUCCCGGCAUCCCACUGAAAGAGAUCAAGGCAGCCAUCGCGGUUUGGCACUAUCUCAACAACCAAGAGGUGAAAAACUCUUUUGUGAUAAUUGAAAAACAUCUACGCCAGGUCUGGAAGGAUAUUGAUGAAGAUUACAACGAGAAGAAACCCUUGUUCUUACCUGCUUGGGAUGAAUGGUGGCUCGACUACAUUGAGUAUCAAGUGGAACGGACCUCUACGUGGAUCACGAAUGGUAUUGCUGCCAUGCGAACGGUGUGGGAGGAUGAGAGCAACGAUGAUCCCGCAAAAUUACUGGUCCUCAGCGCCUUGAAUGAAUUGGAAGCAUAUGAGGUCGAAGUUGUGCGGUACAGCCGUAACAUCUUCCCUAGAGAGGACAAUUAG